AUGGCGGUACUUUCAUUGCUUUCUUUGCUGUUAGCGACGGCUGCACGAUUUCCAGCAUCUAUUGAGGCCAAGUGCGUGAUGACACAGACGUGUGUGAAUCCAGAUAAUAUCCCAGACUACGACCAAUGCAUCCCCGAAGCAUACAAGAAGCCUAAAGAUCCGCUUCCUAUGACAGGAGACGGCUGGCCAAGCGUUAUCGGUGGCGGUAGCUGUACUAAUGCCACCGACUGCAAUGGUAAGGGCCAAUGUGUCAAUAAUGUCUGUGUCUGUCGUCGAGAUGGUAUGGCCGCUGGUCCUUAUUGCAAUCAAUUUACUAUCCAGUGUCCCGCCUAUAGAGCCAAAGCCUGCUGUUCAUGGCAGCAAAAUCAAGCCAUGGCCGAGAACUUUAGAUUAAUGGCCAGUGUCUUUGCCAAGAACAGUGCAGGAGGCUGUGACGCUUGUGCUGUGAAUCUCAUGAGUUUAUGGUGUGGUCUCGUGUGUUCACCAGAGCAAGACCAGUUUAUGGAGAUGACUCAUGCCUGGCCAAGUAUUAAUUACCGACCGGAUCCAAUGACGGGAAAGGAAAAAGUGAAAGUGUUGGAGCUGAAUGUGGCACUAGACAAAGACUUUACGUGUGCCAUUUUCGACUCGUGCAAGAACACGGCAAUUGUGUCCAUGGCUGCGGCAAUGAAAUCUUCACUUGGAUUUCUGAAUUAUCAGAUGCAAGUUGGAGCUGUGGGUCAUGGAGAAUACAUUGCCAUGCAUUUCAACGCCAGCAAAGACAGGUCGUUUGACCACAAUGUGCUCAAAUGCUCGAAUUAUUCAGAAGUUGAAGCGAUACGGAAGACAUUACCGACGCAGGCACAACUGCUAGAGUCAAUCACUUCCAAGUCUAGGGACGACAAGCAAUGUCCGUGUGGAGCAUGUCGUGCAACGUGUGACACGCACACUAGCGGUGGUAGCCACAUUCAUGUUGUCGAUGACCCAAUUUCGAUGCUAUCUGGCUUUAGUACCAAGCUUGUCGCGACUGUCUACGGACUGCUCGUGAUUUUCAUAUUUGUCUGGAAAAGAUGGAAGGAUCAAUGA